AUAUCUGUUCGUUUAGUGCUAAUUAAAAAUCAUAUAUAAAAGACUCAUAGAUAUAUACACCACUUAUUAUAUUAGCUUUGGUUUGAUGGCUGGAAUGUUAAUUAAUUAUCUUAAUUGAAAGUUCAGUUUGCCGUACAUGUACACGUAUCUAGCUACAUGUUAUUCGAUCCUUUAUUCAUCUGGACAUUUGAGGGCCAUGAACCCCAGGACCUGAAAGAUAAUAUCAGUCUGUCUACUCCAGUCACUACGUGUGUACAUGACAACGCUGAGCAGGCAGAACAAAUAUGCAGUGUUAUAAAAAAAAUCUCCCAACAAAUCUUUGUGUGUAAACAGGAAACAUAAGUCGGAUUAACACGUAAACUGUGUGUGAUGUCUGGAAAACUGGUAGUAUUAACUUGUGGGGGAGGAAAUGGCGCCCAUUGUUUGGCUGGACUGGCCGCCGUCAGACCGGACAUCGAGAGCCGGGUGCUGACAAUGUAUGCCGAUGAGGCGGAGAGAUGGGCAGCUAAUUUGGACUCAGGAUUUAUAAUCACUGUACACAAUGAUGAUGGAACCAUAAAGUCAAUUAAAACCAAACCGUCUCUAGUGACCAAAGACCCCAAAAAGGCCGUACCCGGAGUUGAUUACAUCUUUAUUGUUGUCCCUGCUUUUGCACAUGCAAUGUAUUUUGAAGCUAUGGCUCCGUACAUAGAUGACAACACCGUUAUUGUAGGACUUCCGGGUCAGGCAGGAUUUGAAUUUGAAUGCGUGAACUUACUUGGAGACAAAGCAAAGCGUUGUACAAUGGUCACGUUUGAAUCGCUUCCUUGGGCAUGUAGACUUAUUGAAUUCGGAAAAAAUGUUGAAAUUUUAGGCUUUAAAGAUACUCUGGGUGCCUCAUUAUUGAAAGGUAAAGAGUGCAAUUUGACGAAACCCAUUAUUGAAACAACCCAAUAUAUCCUCGGAGAAAAACCAAAAGUUAGACACGUUCAAAAUUACAUUGCUAUAACUCUCAUGGCAAAGUCCAUAGUUCAUCCUCCAAUAAUGUAUGGAAAAUGGUCUCAAUGGGACGGAAAACCUCUCUCAGAAAAACCACUGUUCUACCAAGGACUCGAUGAGAGACAGGCAGAGCUCUUGUCCGGAGUUAGCGACGAGUGUGUAGCAACAGCGAAAGCUAUAGAGAAGAAGGUCCCUGGCCUGGAUAUGUCUGACGUCAUCCAUGUUUUUGACUGGUAUCUGAAUUACUACAGCGACCAAAUUACGGACAAAAGCAAUCUCAUGAUGGCCAUGAAAACGAACAAAGCUUAUGACGGCUUAGUUCACCCAAUGAAGGAGAUAGAAACCGGAAAAUAUGUCCCAGACUUCACAUAUCGCUACAUGGCAGAAGACGUUCCCGAGGGAAUAGUCCCAAUGAAAGGAAUCGCUGAACUGGCAGGCGUUUCCACGCCAUAUUUGGACGAAGUAAUCACUUGGUGUCAAGGCAAACUGAACAAAGAAUUCCUGGUAGGUAACAAGUUGACGGGUAAGGACCUGAAAGACACAAGGGCUCCACAGAAAUAUGGCUACAAUAAACUUGAGGAUCUGUUCACUGGGAGUUUCGAAGUAACUCCACAAUGAUGAGUUGUUAAAAAGAAACGUUUGUAGAUCAGUACCUCUAAAAGUAGACAAUCUAAUCAGCUUAUCAUUCUUGUAGAAUCAUAAUUUUCUAUAUAUUUAAAAACAAUCUUAAGUUUGAUAGAUCUUUUACUAUAACAAUAUCCCACUCUCCCUCCGUGACGAUUAGUACUUGCCAGAUUUUGAGUGGAGUGUAGUAUUUACUUCAUAAUGUAUCGUGACCCUGGAAUUUUUUACUUGCAUGUAUUAUAUGCAUGUUGAGAGUUGUUUUUCCUUGCUUUAUUUUCUUAGCAUGUUAAUUGUUCUGCUAGAUACCGUUUACAAAGUUGUUUUCUAUAUAUUUAUCUUUCUAUUAAAGAGUUAAGAAGUUA